AUGUCCUGGCUGCUGCUGUGUCUGCUUGUGCUGGGACUCAGCCUGACACAGGGCACCCAGACCCCUAGCAUCUAUGAUGAUGGAGAAAGUACCGGGGGAGGCCAUGAAGGCACUGUGGGUCCCACAGCUGGACUCAAGGAGUCGAAGUCCCCAGGCCAGCUUCACCCACGAGGCUUCCCAGGCAAGUUCUGUGAAAACAACAGCGACACGCUGGAGCUUCCUGCCAGCUCUCAAGCGCUGCUGCUGGGGUGGGUCCCCACGAGGCUGGUGCCUGCCCUCUAUGGGCUGGUGGUGGCCGUGGGGCUGCCGGCCAAUGGACUGGCGCUGUGGGUGCUGGCCACACGGGUGCCCCGCCUGCCAUCUACCGUCCUGCUCAUGAACCUCGCCUUUGCGGACCUGCUGCUGGCCCUGGUGCUGCCACCACGCCUGGUCUACCACCUGCGUGGCCAGCACUGGACCUCUGGGGAGGCUGCCUGCCGGAUGGCCACAGCUGCCCUCUAUGGCCAUAUGUAUAGCUCAGUGUUGCUGCUGGCCGCAGUCAGCCUGGACCGGUACCUGGCCCUGGUGCAUCCUCUGCGAGCUCGUGUGCUGCGUGGUCGGUGCCUGACCACCGGGCUUUGCUUGGUGGCCUGGCUCUCCGCAGCCACCCUGGCCCUGCCUCUCACUCUGCAGCGGCAGACCUUCCGGCUGGCCGGCUCUGAUCGCAUGCUGUGCCACGAUGCUCUGCCCUUGGCUGAGCAGACCUCCCACUGGGGACCGGCCUUCACCUGCCUGGCCGUGCUGGGCUGCUUUCUGCCACUGCUGAUUAUGGGCCUGUGCUAUGGGGCCACCCUGCAUGCACUGGCGGCCAGUGGCCAGCGCUACGGCCAUGCACUCAGACUGACGGCCCUGGUGCUGGCCUCAGCAGUGGCCUCUUUCACACCCAGCAACGUGCUGCUGGUGCUGCACUAUUCGAACCCAAGUCCUGAGGCGUGGGGCGAUCUCUAUGGAGCCUACGUGCCCAGCCUGGCGCUCAGCACCCUCAACAGCUGCGUGGAUCCUUUCAUCUACUACUAUGUGUCCCACGAGUUCAGGGACAAGGUACGGGCCAUGUUGUGUCGCCAGCCAGAGACCAGCAGCUCGUCCCAGGCCUCCAGAGACGCUGGACGCCGAGGGACUGCCAUUUGUUCCUCUACACUUCUGUGA